CGUUUGAUUUCAUUGUACAAUGUAUUUCAUUUAACCUUUUUCUGUUAGACGAGCUUUAAAUACCUAAAAUAUACAUUUUGCUUCACAAAUACUUAAAAUAAAUUAUGUAACUAUAAUUUGUUGGCUUUGUAUUGGAUUAGAAUGUCCGCUGCUGAGACAAAACAUGAAGAAAAGGAAGAAGGUCGUAACACUGCUUCUCCUCCAGUGUCCGGGCGACCAACUAAGACCCUUUUUUCUCUAAUGGAAGACGAGGCUGGAGGGGCUACACCCGAGCCUUCCUAUCUAGCGGACUACAACCAAGAAUUCGUGUACAAUGAGAUAAGCCCCAAAGAUUAUAAUAGCUCGAACUUCCCGAGUCUUAUGUCGCACCUUGGUCCAAAAGCCAAACAUAGAACAAUAAGUAAUUUAAAGAAGAGACAGGAUCAGCAAACGCUUCCUACGGAAGAUGAACACGGCGAUGGAAAAGGAAAACCAAAACGACAUAAACAGAAACUUACAUUUAUGGAAGAGAUGAGACGCCGUAACGAAGCACGAUGGAUGCGCAUAGAGGCCGUGGCCAAAGAGAAAAUGGACUAUUAUGAAAGAUAUGUGUCCGACAUGACCUUGAAAAUAAAACAACAAAGAACAAAGAUAAAUCAAAGAGCUGAGCAACUUUUAAAGUCACUUGAAAAGCAAGAAGCGCAGAAAAGGGAAGACAGGCUCUUUGACUCCCCGUACGGACGGAUGUGGCGCCACCACAGAUCAAUGCAACGACGGGCGUAUAGCCUUGAACCAAUGCCACAGAAAAUAUCUUAAUAUGCACCCUUUCAAACGCUACACAAAUCGCAAGAAGCCAAAGACUGAUGAUCAGACAACUACAAAAACAACUUCACACCUCUACAGUAUAAAAAAUUGGGGGGAAAAACGAUGGGAAAAAUAUAUUAGGUUUCUUUAAAAACUUUGCACUUGUCGUUGAAGAAAAAUUUAUGCUGAUAUUGUGAAAAUGUUUUGUUUUAUAUUGAAAAUAAAUGCCAACCAGUCGAACAGAAGA